AAAUGCGAUUAUGCUCCCCGAAUCGGUGUUUCUUCUCCUAAUCAGCCAUUUUCUGCGGGCGGUAACCCAGCCGCCCUUUGAAACAGAAGGCGUGAAACAAAAAUUAUUUCAUUUUUCUGGACACAUUGACGACUUUAUUGUCUCGAGGGACCAACAAACGAUCUACGUGGCAUCUCUCAACCGACUAACAUCUUUAUCAAUUUCUAAUUUUUCAAUACAACAUGAGGUUUCACUCGGUCCGGUUCAAGAUUCUCCUUGGUGCUCUGCAGAUGGAAAAUCUUGCUUAAAAGACAAUCGCCCCUUCCCAACAGAUGUUCGCACAAAAAUCCUACAAAUCCUUCCCACAAAUCAAAUUCUUCAGUGUGGUUCUGUAAAGCUCGGGUCAUGCUCCACGUUCAAUUCGAAGUUAUCUCUCAUCACUGAAUCCACUAUCGCAGUUGCCGCGAAUUCUCCAGACGCGUCCACAGUAUCGAAAAUCAUCGAUAAUCGUUUAAUUGUUGCGGCAAGUGCAACGAAAGAAUCUCCGUAUCGAGACCCGUUUCCAGCGGUUGCAAUUCGAAACUUGCCCGGUCUGAAUGUUGAGAAUGCCGGUGAUCUGGAAGGAGAAGCUGCAGUUUUCCUGAGAGCAGCUUACAAGAAUGCAUUCAAGUUUUUGUACACCUUUACGCAUCAACAUUUUGUGUUUGUGGUCGCCAUGGUCACACCAAGAGAGUCAAGAUUACCUAUGACAACCAGGUUGAUACGAUUCUGCCGAAAUGACACAAAAUUUGAAUCCUACUCUGAAAUCGAACUUCAAUGCCGCGGAGAGGACAAUACCAACUAUCCAUUUCUGAACGCAAUCAUUCAAUCCUACGACAAGCUGAUCGCAUCGUUCUCAACAUCAUCCACAUCUCCAAAAAGUUCCAUUUGUGUAUUUUCGAUGCAAAAAGUGAAGCUGACUUUUUGGUACAAUGUGGAUAGGUGUAGAAGUGGUACUGAUUCGAUUAGACUACCUCAUAUCGGGAGAGAUACAAAAUGUGUUAAUAAAGCCCACAUACCCCUCGACGAAGAUAGCUGUGAGCUCGGUGUUGGUGGAUCAAUUGAACUUGUUGAGAUGUCCACAAAAGACAUUAUGGGAAAGGUGACGUCAUUGAUGGCUGUAGAUCAAAAAGCAAUUUUCGCGGGAACAACAACUUCGCAGAUUGUGAUGUUUAAAUGGGACGAGCACCAUUCAAACCAGUUGGAAGAGUACGGUAGAAAGGAAGUUGGAGAUGGGCGAACUGGGAGCGAGGUCAGCAAAAUGGUCAAAUUUGGGGAUUUUGUCAUUGUGCAGAUGCCAUAUGGAAUCAUAUUAGAAGAGCUUUCCACUUGCUCUCAUCACAGCUCAUGCACAGAAUGCUUAGUCUCUGUAGACCCACUCUGCCAAUGGUGUCAUCCGACGCAAUCGUGUACGACUUCAGCAAGGUGUACUAGUCCAGUUACUUCUCAGUGUCCAAUUGUCGAUGGUGAUCCGAUUCCUUCAAUAGUCUCCGUGAACUCCUCUACCCCUAUAUCCUUCAACAUUCACCAUCUUCCACCUCCAGUCGGUUUCACUUAUAGAUGCCAAUUCGGAACAUCAACAUCAUCUAUCAAAGCUAACUGGACAACGACCGGAGUUUCAUGCCCAUCGGAAAUUUUUACAUCACCAAACACUUUUGAAAUUUUGUUGCUAACAUCAAUUUCCAAUAAUCCAAUCAGCCGUCACAACUUCACAGUUUACGAUUGCUCGGGUUACGGUACAUGCUCGUCCUGUAUGAGCUCUGAGUACAAUUGUGCCUGGUGCUCUGGAUUGCACAAAUGUUCGAAUUCCUGUGGGGCAUUGGAAAAAUCAAAAGCCUGCGUGAAAAUUCAACCAAUGAGGCUCCCAAUUGCUAUCGGUUCUCAACAAGAAAUCGUGCUCGAGGCGUCUAACCUGGAUACUCUUGAUCGAAGGCACGAACAUUUUUGUAAAGUAAACGAGCAAGUGUCUCUUGCAAAGAUUGCAAGCGAUAGUAUCCGUUGUGGCAAGAUUCAGUUGACUUUGAGCAACACUACGAGUGCAAACAUGGUGGUUCCGUUGAGCCUGAUCACAAGGGACUCUGUAAUUGAUAUUGCUAAUGUGUCCCUUUACUCUUGCACCAACCUGGCAUCUGACUGUUCCAGUUGUCUUGCUCUUUCCCCUUCACUAUCAUGUGGAUGGUGUAAUCGACAGUGCUCCCACGAGUGCCACGAGUCAAAGGCCACUGCUGUGUGUGAUCCACCAAGAAUCGAUAAAUUCGAACCAACAAGUGGGCCCAUCGAAGGAGGCACAAUCAUCAAAAUCUAUGGGAAUGACCUGGGCAUGUCUGUAGAAGACGUUCGUGGAAAGAUCUAUGUCGCCGGUUCUAGAUGUAAUAUUGUGGAGUAUCAUGUUUCUAACAUGAUUGCAUGUCAAGUCGACAAAGGUGUCAGCUCGGGCCCAAUCAGGAUAUCAGUUGGUCGGGCAACAGUUGCAGUAGCAGAAUCAUCGGAACUAUAUUCGUUUGUAAGAACAUCAAUAUUCUCCGCUUACCCCCUGUAUGGCCCAAUAUCUGGCGGAACUCGAAUAACUCUGUACGGUCAGAACUUAUCAAGUGGAUCUCAAACCUCUGUGACAGUUGGUGGCAUGCCGUGUCCUAUUGAAAGGGUAAAUUCUUCAACAGUUUUGACUUGUCUAACACCUUCUGGAACUCGAAUUGGAAAAUCUGCUAGAGUAGUUGUUCAUGUGGAUCACUCCCAGACUCAACUCGAUCAACCAUUUGAAUAUCGAUCGGACCCGUCUAUUAGCUCAAUCUUCCCGAUGACUUCUUUCAAAGCCGGCGGAAGAAUUGUUUAUGUUCAAGGCAACUCAUUGAACACUGUUCAAACAGCAAAGCUAUUCCUCAUAUCAUCUCCAACACCUCCGUUUUAUAUAAUAUCUGAUCUGGCUCCAUGUCACAUCAUUAACUCUACAUUAAUGACUUGUAUGACUCCAAAAAUUUUGGAAACAAUCACUAGAAGAGUUGAGUAUACACGGCAACCUGUGGGUUUUCACAUGGACAAUGUCACAGCUGUAGCAAAUUUGGGAAGACGAAUUCAGAUGGGCAUCUAUCCGAAUCCGACGCUUUCUCCGUUCAAAGGAGUACGAUAUCAUCAGGGAGAACAAUCACUCAUUCUUGAAGGACACAAUCUAAAUCUUGCUGCGGAGCCAAAUGAUUUCAAGAUCUUCAUUGGAAAUGAGAGAUGCUACGUGACACUUGUAGAUGUUAGGCAAUUGGUGUGCUCGGGACCGGUGAGGCAACCAAAAGCUACCGAUGAAAGAGGAAUUCCAAUUAAUGGGGAUAACCCGCUGGUUACUGUAAUAGUUGGAUCACUUAGAAUGGAGCUUGGGUUGAUUGAGUAUUCCGAUCAUGCACUCCCGUCCAGACUAUCACUUUUGAUUCUUGGGCUACUUCUGUUCAUUGUUGUCACGUUGACUGUGAUGUGCUUGGUUUUCAAGCGGAGGCGUCAAGAACGAGAGAAAGAAUACCGAAAGAUUCAGCUUCAAAUGGAAAAUCUUGAAAACAAUGUUCGUAAAGAAUGCAAGCAAGCAUUCGCUGAACUUCAAACAAACCUAGUACUAUCUCCAAAGUCUGCAAAUUCUGUGAACCUUGGACCGGAACUCAUCAACUUCCCGCAUUUUGUGGAGAACCUGCUCUGGUCUGAUAACAACCUUACAUCUGCGCCGAGUUUGGCAAGGACUCUCCCAGUGACUCUUGCUCAAUUUCAUGCACUUCUGAGCUUCAAAGGCUUUAUUUUCACUAUCGUAGAAGCUGCAGAAUCGGAUGUCUCCAUAUCAACAUCAGAGAAGUCAAUGUUAGCAAGCCUCCUGAUAUCUGUGUUACUUCGAAACUUCUCUUAUUGCACUGAAGUUGUUGUGGACCUUCUACGUGCCCAUAUCGCAAGAUCGGUUCAAAAUAAGCGCGCCGAGUUACUGUUUCGGAAUAGUGACUCGGUGGUGGAGAAAAUGUUCUCAAAGUGGAUGAGCAUUUGUUUGUACUCCCAUUUGACUCCGCAAAUGAACUCGUACUUCUAUCUAUAUAAGGCGCUACAAUAUCAAACUGACAAAGGACCCGUGGACGCGGUGACCGGUGAUGCGAGAUAUACGAUUAACGAGGCCAAAUUGUUAAGGGAGAGUGUGGACACAAAGACUUUGAAAAUUCGUGUGAUUCCAUUUGAAAAAUGCGAUGAAUCAAUAGAUCUUGAAGUUCAUGCAUGCGACGCAAUUUGUCAAGUCAAACAAAAAGUUGCUUCAGCUGUCUAUCGUGAAACACCAUAUUCACAGCGACCGAGAAUAACGCAGUUCGAAUUGAAAUAUAAAUGUCCCAAACGGGGAGAUGUGAAACUGACCGAUGUUUUGCCAAUUGAGACGUUAUCGCAGAAAAAGCUACCAGUAAAGUUGUUCACUUUGGCAGAUUACGGUAUCAGUGAUGGCUGUACGCUGGAAAUGUCUCCAGCGGUUUAUACAGCGGAAAGCUAUAGAAAUUCUCUCGCAGAUUCUGGACAAUCUUCCUGGUCAUCGUUAGAUCGAUGCUCUCCAAUUUAUUCAUCUUCAAAAUACUAUCACCUAACAAAUCCGUCAUCUGGAACUAUGACUUUCAAGAAGAAAUCUUCAAACGACAGCAAUUUGCUACCCAAAUCUAUUCCAGAAGUGUACCUAACAAGGUUGCUCACUUCAAAGGGAACAGUAGAAACUUAUGUGGAAGACUUCCUAGAAUCCGUACUAUACAUGCACGAUUCAAGCUACCCGCCAAUUUUAAAAUUCUUCUUUGACAUUUUGGAUCGUGAAGCUUCAGUGAACGGAGUUUCUGAAAAUAUUUGUCAGCAAUGGAAGGCUAAUGGCUACGUUCUCAGAGUUUGGGCCAAUUUUGUUAGAAAUCCGCAGUUGGUGUUCGAUGUUCCUCAUUCUAUUUCCAUGGAUGCAAACUUGAGUACAGUAGCGCAAACUAUGAUGGAUUGCUUCUCAUUCUCUGAACCUGUUCUCGGAGCCCAUUCACCGUCAUCUCGACUUCUUUUUGCAAAAGACGUGGCGAGGCUCCGGCCCCUUUCAGUGGACUUAUUCAAGCGAGUCAAAAAUAGUCCUCCACUAGGAAUGGAUGAGUUGAGAACGGAGUUGGUGAACAUGGCCAAUGAUGUGUCCACGUGCAAAGGAUCUUCCCUAGCGCUCUCCGAACUUCUGUCCUGGGUUCGAGGAAACGGAAUUCGCAUUUCCCAACUGUUAUCCUCAAAUGAGCAGUUCAGCCAACAACGUUUGCCUCAAAAACUCUCACAAGUUCUCCAUGUUUGCUUGGAGACUGACAAUCAUAUUUAUUCGACAAUUUCUGAUUAUGAAUAAGCGAUUACUUCAGAAAAUUCUAUCUCGAUUCUUAUACGGUUCCCCCAUUUGUUUUCCCGUCAGGUAUUUCUUGUCUUUCCACUAUCAUUAUUUGAUUUUUUGAAUUUUGCGACUUGUGAAUGAAACUUGUUGGUUCAAAAUACCAGGUAUUCACUGAACAUCAAACAAUA